GGUGUCAACAUCUUCAGGAAUUCAUGCAGCAUCAUUUCCUAUGAUAACACAACGCAUACUACUAUUUACAAGGGAGAGGCUGGAAUAUAGACACACGGAGGAAGAGACAGAAAGUGAGAUGGACCUGUGAAUGUGUUCCGGGUUUGGAUGUUUGAAUAAUGGGGACAAAAGAACAGGAAGGAAAAGACGAAGUCACCAGAGCAGCGCCGUUGUUAAGCUUGCGACACCUCCAGACACCUUCAUCUGCAUCAUCAUUUCCUCUCCUAACAAACGACUCGUGCUUCCGUGUACUAGUAGAAAGCGUGGAUCAAUAGUGCGGCUAAGAGGGCUGACCGAGAGGGACAUUCUACCAUUCAAAUCACGCGCCAUCAGGUUCUCGCGGCGGCCGGCAGGGGCGGCGCCACCUCAGUGUAAACAUGGCCAGUCAGGACGAGGAGCUUGAUUUUAAGUCGGGGAAAUUUAACCCCACCAGAGCCCUUUCCUCCCCUGAUGUGCAACUCCCUGACCCUGAGGCCCCGGAGUUCGAGGACCUGUACAAGCUGAGGGACACAGUGCACGGCCAGAACUUCAAUGUGGUGCGGGAACUGCCUGGUGUGCCGGGGCCAGGGGGCAUCCCACGGCCAAUGGUGCGCCAGCCCCCAGUUGAGCGGCGGUUCACUGCAGAGCAAGGCCUGAUACGGGGGAAAGGACCAAAGCGAAUGCGGAACGUGAUCACCCGCAUGGAGGAGAUGAAGGGUCCCCUGGCACUUCUCACCCACUGCAGGGACAACUCAGUGCGGGUCAAGGUGUACACGAGGAACCACAGCGAGGUGCGUGGCGUGCUGACAGGGUACGUGGUGGCCUUUGACAAACACUGGAACCUGGCGCUCAGGGACGUGGACGAGGUGUUUCAGAAGAGGCUGCGCUGCAAGGCCCCGGCAUUCGGUGACGUCAGCGGAUACGUGCAGGUGGGUGACCUAAGCAUCCGUGACUCACUUGAUAACACGGACACGAGCUCGGACGAGGAACUCACAGGAGGAAGAGGGGCAGUAGGAGCGGUAGGAGGAGGCGCGAGAGGAAGAGGAGGAGGAAGAAGGGAGGAGAAGCGCAGAGUGAUAGGUGGGUAUGAAGCAAUGGAGGCUGUAGCGAGGAAAUCAGUGCAAGUCUCCAGGAAUCCAGGUACAAGCGAGGCACAGGACGCCCGCCGCCUCGCCCUCGGGUCUGGUUCCGAAAGGCGUGAGGAAGGAAAGGAGGGGAAGGUUGAAGAGGAGGAAGAGCAGAAUGAGAUGAAGAAGAGGGUAAGAAAGAGGAAGAAAAGGGAGAUAAGGAAGAGGCAUGUCAACCAAUUGUUCGUCCGUGGUGAGAAUGUGGUGCUGAUCUCUGUGAUGAAGCCGUGAGUCACCACUACUGCCUUCUACUGCUACUGUUACUGCCUUCACCACCACCAGCAUCACUGAAUCUCCUACGUAUAUCUUAUGUGCUGUGAUAAAACCCCCUGAUCAUACUCACGAUAAAACUGUUCCUAUGUAUACUGCUUACACACACACAUACACACACACACACACACACACACAAGCAAAUGUAAACGUGAAGCCAGUCUGCCUAAACCGUAACCUGUUAAUUUGUUUCUCCUCGCACGAACGCCAGUAGUGCUCUCCUCCUCCUCCUCCUCCUCCUCCUCCUCACGCCCAAGAGACGCCAGGGAACGUGAGGGAACGUGCAUGUCCACACUCCCCCCUGCGGCCACUCUCAGCGAGGGCCGUGGCAGGUCAGUCACCCACGUAAAGAGGACAAGAGAGAAAAGAAAAAUAAAGAAAAAAAAAAUCCGUGUCCUUUUUUCAAGAGUUUAUAAUGAGGUGACUUCUGAAGUGGAUAAUUUGUUUGUAGAUGCCUGUUUGUCUUCCUUCGGUGGUGUACAAAGCAGGUGUGGAGUUUUUUUUUUAAUAGUGGUUUUUGUGUUUUUUUUUUUUUUCAUCGUUUUGCCACAAGGGAUUUCGUGCCUGGAAUGUUUCGCUGUGAAGUUAUGGUUGUAAGAAUGUUUGUUUGUGUUAAGAACUGAAAAUUAAUAGUUAAUUUUAAAU